CCUCCCUUCUUACAACAGCUACUCGCUCCAUCUGCCGAUCAGCGUCUGAUAAAUCCAGAGAACUCAGCAUGGCUUACAAUUACGGAGGUCAACCAGGAUAUGGCGGCCAGCAAGGAUACGGAGCGCCUCCUGGUUACGGUGCUCCUGGAGGCUUCGCGCCUCCUAGCCAGCACUCAGGUCCUCCCCCUGGUGCAGAUCCCCAGCUCUGGCAGUGGUUCAUUGCUGUCGAUGGCGACCGAUCAGGGCAAAUCUCUGCUCCUGAAUUGCAAAAAGCCCUCGUCAACGGCGAUUGGACUGCGUUCGAUUUGGACACGGUGAAAUUGCUUAUGACCAUUUUUGACACCGACAGGAGCGGAACCAUUGGAUUUAAUGAGUUUGCUGGUCUAUGGAAAUAUAUCAAGGAUUGGCAAAAUGUCUUCAGGCAUUUCGACCGAGACCGUUCCGGCUCCAUCGAUGGUCGCGAGCUUCAUGAUGCUUUGAGGCAAUUUGGCUACAAUCUUUCUCCUGCCUUACUCCAGCUUGUCGAGCGCAAAUACGCCACCAGCGCCCCAACCCAAUAUGGUGUCACUGGCGGUAUCUCGUUUGAUCGCUUCGUGCGCGCCUGCGUCGUGAUCAAGCAGAUCACGGAGUCCUUCUCCGCUCUGGACACUGACCGCGAUGGCUGGAUUCAGAUCAACUACGAUCAAUUUAUGCAGACAGUACUGACGUUGCCUUGAACGUUUCGUCCUAUGCUGCUCCGAUCAAAGCUGUAUCGACGAUUGGAGACUUGUAGAAGUGAAAAUGAGCAAUGUUGGUAAGGGUUAUUUGAAUUGUAUGACGAGGAUUGUACUGCGUUUAUAUUGAAUCGCGUACCUAGUCUCAAGUGCACAGUCGAAUCCAUUUUUUAUAAUGUACC